UUUAAAUGGGUGACCCCGAACGCCACAAACUUUAAAUUUACCUGGGCAUGGCUGAACAGCGAGAAAACGCAUUUCAAAAGCAAGAAGUGAAAGGCAAGAAAGGUGGAAGGUAUUACAAGAGCAUAGGCCUUGGCUUCAAAACUCCAAAAGAGGCUAUAUUCGGUAAUUACAUUGACAAGAAGUGUCCCUUCACUGGAAAUGUACGUAUCCGUGGUCGAAUCCUCACGGGUGUUGUGCGUAAAACUAAGAUGAACCGGACUAUUGUUAUUCGCCGUGACUACCUUAAGUACGUGAAAAAGUACAACCGAUAUGAGAAGCGACAUAAGAAUAUGUCUGUACAUAUAUCUCCUUGCUUCAGAGAUGUGGAUAUUGGAGAUGUCGUAACUGUUGGUGAGUGUAGACCCCUGAGUAAGACAGUAUCAUUCAAUGUCAUCAAAGUUUCAAAAGCCGCUGGUUCAAAGUACAAAAAGGCAUUCCAAAAGUUUUAAUGUCUGAAAUAAACGUAUAGGUUUACCGCA